AUGGGUCCCCCCGCACGGGGCAACCAGUCAGGGGCGUCCCUGCAGGACUUCGUGCUGCUGGGGUUCGCGGGUGGUGUGCACACACAGGCCCUGCUCUUCGCCCUGUUCCUGGGCCUCUAUGUGGCGACCGUGCUGGGCAACCUCACCAUGAUCGUGGUCAUCACGCUGGACGCCCGCCUGCACUCGCCCAUGUACUUCUUCCUCAAGAACCUGUCCUUCGUGGACCUGUGCUACUCGUCCGUCAUCGCCCCCAACGCCCUGGCCAACUUCUUCUCCCCCUCCAAGACCAUCACCUUCAUGGGCUGUGCCACCCAGUUCUUCUUCCUCUCCCUCUUUGCCACCACGGAGGCGUUCCUGCUGGCCGUGAUGGCCUACGACCGCUUCAUGGCCAUCUGCCGGCCCCUGCGUUACCCCGUCACCAUGUGCCCGUCGGCCUGUGCCCGCCUGGUGCUGGGCACCUACUGCGGGGGCUGCAUCAACACCCUGGUGCAGACCAGCUUCACGUUCACGCUGCCCUUCUGCGGCUCCCGCCGCGUCGACCACUUCUUCUGUGACGUGCCCCCGCUGCUCCCGCUGGCCUGCGCCGACACCACCCUCAACCAGCUGGUCAUGUUCGGCGUCUGCGGCCUCAUCAUCGUGGGCACCUCCCUCGUGGUCCUCGUGUCCUACGGCUACAUCGCGGGCACCAUCCUGCGCGUGCACUCGGGCGCCGCAAGGCACAAGGUCUUCUCCACCUGCAGCUCACACAUGACGGCCGUCUGCCUCUUCUACGGCACCUUGUUCGUCAUGUACGCGCAGCCCGGCGCCGUGGCGUCCAUGGAGCAGGGCAAGGUGGUCUCGGUCUUCUACACGCUGGUCAUCCCCAUGCUCAACCCGCUCAGCGACAGCCUGCGCAACAAGGGCGUGAAGGAGGCCCUCUCUCUCGCCCGGUGCCUGGCCGGGAACCCGGGAACGUGGUGGCGCCGCCCUUCCUGCACAGGCUUCUGCUGCGCCGAGCGGCUUCCUCGCUUCGGACUCACCUGUUUGGUGUCAGGGAAUGGUGUGGUGCUUCCGGGGCCUUCUCUGCAGCAGGCCGCUCGAGGCCUGGCUCCACACACGGGGGCACCGACUCGGGCGGGCCCUGCCGCCGUCUCGGGGGGCGGGGCGGCAGCAGCAGGCGGCGUCCGGACGGGCCCGACGUCCCUGGAGCUGCAGCACCCGCAGAGGACCACCAAGGGCGCCCAGCGGGCAGACGGGCGCCGGGGCCCUCGGGGCGGCGGUGCCCGAGACGUCCGUGCGCACGGACGGGGCGAGACUCACGCCGAGGCCGGCGGAAACGGCCCCUCGUGCAGGCGUCUCGGGGCGCAGCGUGAGGAGAGGAAGUCGGGCGGAUGUGCGGUCCUGGGGGCGAUAGGAGGCAGUGCCCACAGGGACGCCGCCCGCAGGGUCACUUUGCGGGGCGCGGCACCCUCUGGUCCUGCCGGAGCCCGGCGCCGUGGGGUCGAGGGGCGGGGCAAGGUGGUCUCGGUCUUCUACACGCUGGUCAUCCCCAUGCUCAACCCGCUCAGCGACAGCCUGCGCAACAAGGGCGUGAAGGAGGCCGUGGGGCGGCACUCGGCGGGCGGGGGGCUCCGAGACAAGCAGCUAGUGGGCCCAGAAACAGCACGCGCUGAGCAGCCCCGCGGUCUGAAGGGACCAGUACCCCUGCAGCCAGGUGCAGGCCAGGACGACUGGGCAUGGGAGUGA